CGAAGACUUUCAUCUGAAGCCCUACAAAUUUCUUUUCCUCCUUCAAGGAAGAAAAAUCCCACUUACCAGUUUCAUUAUCUGUUAAAAGAUCAGAAAUCUUUGCUUAUUCUUAUCAAAAUUCAGGUAUGGUGAAACCCAGUGAAAAUGGGUCUCAAUCAAUAGCUCCUUUUCUUAAAAAAUGUUAUGAAAUGGUAGAUGAUGAGACUACGGAUUCAAUCAUUUCGUGGAGCCAAAACAGUGGCAGUUUUAUCAUUUGGGAUAUGACUGAGUUUUCAGUUCGUCUGCUUCCCAAGUAUUUCAAGCACAGUAAUUUCUCUUCUUUCAUCCGGCAACUCAAUAUUUAUGGUUUUAGAAAAAUUGAUACGGAUCGUUGGGAAUUCGCAAACGACGGAUUUAUUAGAGGUCAAAAGGACCUACUGAAGAACAUUGCUAGACGGAAAUACUUGCAGGGAUCCGAGCAGCGUAAACAGUUGCAGCCGGAGCCUCCUCAGCAGCAAGAGAACACUGUUGGAUCGUGUGAAAACAAUGAACAUACUGAGAUAUGGAAAGAAGUUGAGAAUUUGAAGACUGAUAAAAUUGCUCUCAUGCAGGAGUUGGUUAAACUUAGGCAGUACCAGGAGACUGCAGACACUAAGAUGCUUCGAUUGAACGAUCGUCUUCAAGGAAUGGAGAAGAGUCAGCAGCAGUUGUUGUCGUUCUUAAUAAUGGCGAUGCAGAGUCCAGGGUUUUUGAUCCAACUGAUUCAACCGAAAGAAAAUAGCCGGCGUGUGGCCGAAGCAAGCAAUAUGCUAGAACAAGUUGCAGAGGAUGGUGAGCCACCAGUGGCUUCUGAUCAUAUGAUAGUUAGAUAUCAGCCACCAAUGGAUGAAACAUCGAAACCGGUGCACACACCGAUGGUAGGUCCAGAAAAUCAUAAUGAAUCCGAUACUUUUUCGGAUGGGAUGAAAGAUUUUUGGAUGAACAUCGAUUUCGCCAAGGUGCUUAUGGAUGAAAGUCAUACACCUUUCAUUCCACUGGAUUUACAUGAUGAUGGUGCAUGGGAAAAGCUUCUUUCGGAUAAUGUUUUCGUAGAGAAUAAUGAUGGUGGAAAUCAAGACAAGGAAGAGUUCAUGAAUUCUGGUAUGGAGAUGGAGGUGACAUGCUCCGGAAAUCGUCUGGAAAAAUCUCGGAGUUUCGAACUGUUUCUCGAAAAUAUGGAGAAAACACAAAACCUGGAGAUUGAACCACUGGUGAAUGGAUCGAUGCCUGAGAAAUCUCAGGACUUGGAACUUCUUACACAACAAAUGGGGCAUUUUGACUUCCCAUAGUACUGAACUGCAUGUACAUGGAAUGGAACUCCAUGGAAAAUUUUAUAGAGCUGUUCUAUUCUUCAAACAUUAUUAUUUAUAAACGAGAAAAUGAGAAUGCGUAUAUUAGUUUU